AAGUAUAGAAAGUCAAUUGUAUAUUAGAAAACAGCAUGCAGGAGGAGGCCUUGAAACAUACUUGCUCAAGAAAAUUUCUGAAAACUACCUUCAUACAUCUAACGUAGGAUAUAAUAGCCAUACGUCAGUAGGUAUACGUAUUCUAGAUACUAGCAUGCAGGAAGAGGCCUUGAAACAUACUUGCUCAAGAACAUUUCUGGAGACUAGCACCAAACAUCUAACGUAG